CCCUAGGCUGCCAUAACUGUCCCUUCAGGCCUCUGAGACUGGUUUCUCAAUCACCAUCCCCGGUUCCUGGUCGGAUGUAAUUCGCGCGCUGAUGUGCUGCCUGCCGCCCGCAGCUCCAUGUCAUUGACUUUCACCUCGGAUGUAUCCUUGAAUGCAACGGAGGCAGCUGUCUUCCUCAGUGAACGAGAUGUAGCCGGCCAAAUUCCCAUUAACUUUGUCACUACGUCCGCCGUGUCACUCCGCGCAGCAUGUUUUGGAGACAAUGUCUUCGAUCGGAACUCCGCGGGAAGAUGCAUCUCCGACUUAUUGGUAAUCGGAUACCGUCGCUUUCUCGUCGAUGUUUACUGGUCCCCUGACCAACGGGAUUGGCUGUUUUGUCCGGUGUCAUUCUCUCAAGAUAUUCCCGUUGUGACCGUCUCGUCGGCCUCGUCAGCCACAUCUACUUCGACGACGGCAACCGCAUCGACCAAAACCGCCCAGGCCACUGUCACCGCGGUAGCCAGCUCCUCGGGGUCCGUGCUAUACGAGCUGGGCCCGUAUCGCUGCUCGAUGAAUCUCAACCUCUCCGACCUAAUCAACGUGUUUCAUGAUUUCUUCCAGACGUACACCUCGGAGCUGACCGUUUAUACACGAUACAUUUCUCUUAACUUGCAUGCGGCUGCCAGCGCGACGAGCCCUACCGAGCCAGCAGUAUCGGUGACUGGAUCGCAGCUCCCCACUGGUUCCGAGUUCAUCAGCGCUCUCUUCGAUGAGCGGCUGUCUUCCUACAUAUAUAUGCCGUCAGAGCUCGCUUACGAGCGCGCCAACCUGAACAAAUCCUGGUUCGAGGUUGAAGACGACUACAAGCCUAUCACCGAGUACUUUACCAUUCAGGAAGACGCAAAAAAGGAGCAAAGUACUCCUGAUGGCUGGCCAUGCGGGAAAUACCUCCAACUGGCGAAGGAGAAGCGCCUACUCAUCGACUAUGGGACCAUCGAUUCCCAAAUGAAAGAUUACAACCAAUCCUACAUGGGCGACGUGAUCUUCCCGUCUGGCUAUCUAACAUCCACAAUAUCCGUAUCCCUCGACGCCGACGGAAGCCUCGACACCGGCUGCUUCUACAACCCCGACGCGACCACCGUAUCCCAAGUCAACAACUCCUGGGCACUAUCCGACUACAUCCCCAUCCCAUCCGGGCUCAGCCAAAACUCAACAAUCGCCGCAAUGACCACCGUCAUCUCCAAUCUAACCGCAUGCGGUCUCACCCCAGCACUAAACAAAACCCUAUUCAACCAAACCGCCGACACCGACAUCCAACCCUACGACGAGAUCUCCCUCUCCACCUCCUGGGCCUGGGGCAUCGGCGAACCCGCCGACGCCGCCUCCUCCGACGACAACGGUUACGCAUCAGUCGACCGCUGUGCCGUCAUGGACCUCACCAAAACCGGCCAAUGGCGCGCCGUCAACUGCACAGAAUCACGGUACGCAGCCUGUCGCGUCGGAAACCUGCCCUUUACCUGGCAAUUAUCCACCUCCCCCAAUACCUUCCGAGAAUCCUAUAAUCACGGCUGUCCCGCGAACACCACCAUGGCGAUUCCCCGGACCGGGUUGGAAAACACCUACCUCCAUCAGUACCUAUUGACACGGACCGACGUUCUUGAUCCGUCCUCCACGCUCGAGAGCCAGACGAACGUCUGGGUGGACCUCAACUCCAUCGACGUGGAAUCAUGCUGGGUAACCGGUGGUCCGGACCAUGGGUGUCCGUAUGCGUCGGAUCCGCAGCAGUUGGAAAGACGGACGGUGCUGGUUGCGGCGAUUGCAGGGAUUGUGAUCUGCAUUAUUGCUGCUUUGACGUUGUUUGUCAAGUGUAAUGCGAAUCGCCGGAACUCGAGAAGGAAUAAGCGGGUGAUCAAGGGGUGGGAAUAUGAGGGUGUGCCGUCGUAAUAUAAUUUUUAUCUUUCUUUGUAUGUAUUAAAUGUGAAUAUUGUUGUAUAUAGAUUCUAUUUUACUUUAAAAGACGUAAGCGGUGUAUGAGAGGAGCAAUGCAAUCUCCGUUGUGGAUGCUAAAC